CGUUGGCCUAAUUCUUAGCAACCCCAGCGAAUCAGCGACUUGGAUCUGGGAAAUACAGGUUUUUAUCACGUCUGACCCGCGUGAAAUGGAGUCGCCUCCACUACUGUGCGUGCUCAUUCUUAGUUCAUCUCAAGAAUUUCCCGUUCUUAAUGCACCUUUCUCUUAGUAAACAUCUGUUUACUCCGUCAAUGGCCGUCAGAGGCCGUCACAAACCCUCCCGAACCACGUGCCUGAACCAACGAUUGGUCUUCUGCAUAUAAAGAGGUGGGCCCUCGACAGAUCUCCAUGAUAACACCGAUAAUAGACGAAGAUCGCUACCAAACAUACCCGAGAAGUCUUGGAAUAUAUUCGAAUAACCACACAUCAAAGGCUUCACAGCAUACCGCUCGCUGCUGUAGAUACCACCGUUUGUUAUACCUAAACACCCGAGACUUGAAGUUGGCUCGAGUAAAAAUGGCAGAUAAUAGUAUCAGUGGUCGUCUGGCGUUGGUUACAGGAGCUUCUGGGGGGUAAGUAACUGCCGUGAGCUCAUCAUAACAAUAUAGCUGACCCUAUUCAUUGCAGUAUCGGUGCAGCAUGCGCAAGAAAACUAGCAUCUUCUGGGUCCCAUCUUGCAUUGACCUAUUCCACCUCCAAAGACAAGAUUGAUACUCUCGUAGGGGAGCUCAACGAGUCAAGCAAGGGUCUGCGGAUAUCAAUCCACAAAGUGGAUAUGGGUUCUGUGGAAGAUAUCACAAGAAUGUUCCAAGAGAUCCAAGAUCAGCAUAAAGCUCCAGUCGAUAUUCUGGUAAGCAAUGCGGGCUAUGGGAAGAGAAUUGUGGAUGUAUCGUGAGUAAAAACAUCCAUCUCACGCAGCGUGAGGAAUGAUACUGAGAGCUCCGCAGAGAUAUUCCGCUGGAAGAGUUCGAAUACACACUGAAUAUCAAUCUCCGUGCCUCCUUCCUUCUCGUAAAGGGUGUUGUAGAAGGCAUGAAAGCCCAAAAGUUUGGUCGCAUCAUCUUUGUCUCCUCAAUAGCAGCCUAUGGCGGUGGAAUAAAUGGCUGUCGUAAGUGCAUUGUUCUAUUUUAUUUCGGCAUGUCACUGACACUUUUCUAGAUUAUGCAGCAAGCAAGGGUGGACUCAUGGCCAUGAUGAAGAACUUGUCGAGUAGACUGGUACAAUACAAUAUUUCAGUCAACGAUGUGGCACCUGCCAUGAUUGAGGCAACCGGCAUGAUUCCGAAUGCUGCAGCAGUACCAGGUGUUGUUGAGACGAUCCCAAUAGGAAGAUUCGGGCAGCCAAGUGAGAUAGCGAAUGCGGUAGAGAUGUUUGCUACGACGGGUUAUUGCACCGGUCAGAGUUUGAUUGUUGCUGGGGGACUGAAGUGAGACAGCUUGCAAUUGAUAAAAUGUAAAUAUCCUCAGCUAUAGACUUUAACUUCACAGUACUCUGUAAAUAUUCC